AGCCUGCAUGGUCAUCAUUCCAAAUGCAGUGUGGAGUCGAGUUUUAUCCUCUGUCAUUUCAGCCAAACAGGAAAUGCCUGGAGAUUUCCUCAUAUUUCUUGCGCUAACUGCCACUGAACUUUAAGAACUUGUCACUGGAACAAGUUGAAUUCAGACGGAUCACUUCUCCCGGUCUCAGGUCAAAAACGCUGUUUCCCUGUUCUUUGAGCUGUUAAAAGAAAUCAACCAUGUUCUCGAAGCUCCACACCACUGCUCUAUUUCUGGUCGUAGGUAUAUUGCAACUGGCCAGAUCAUUUAAUGUUGAUGUGAAAAAUCCUUUGGUAUUUACUGGUUCCCAAGAAGAUAUGUUUGGAUAUACUGUUAAGCAGUUUGAAAAUGAUGAAGGGAAAUGGCUUCUUAUUGGCUCUCCCUGGGAAGGACAACCCAUAAACAGAACUGGUGAUGUCUACAAAUGUCCAGCAUUCAAAACCAGCAAUCCAGAAUGUGUGAAGCUAAACUUAGCUGAGUUUUUAACUGUUCCUAACAUCACUGAGGUUAAAGACAAUAUGACUUUGGGAAUGUCAUUGGCAUUAAAUCCUAAAGCAGGCUUUCUGACAUGUGGACCACUUUAUUCUUACAAGUGUGGAGGUCUAUAUUAUGCAGCUGGUGCCUGUUUGAAUGUAAGCUCCACUUUCCAAGCUGUAAACACAGUAGCGCCUACAGUGAAAGCUUGCAAGUCACGGCUUGAUAUUGUGAUUGUACUUGAUGGUUCGAACAGCAUAUAUCCUUGGACUAGCGUUAACAACUUCCUUAUAAAACUGCUGGAAAAAAUUGAAAUUGGUCCUCAGCAAACCCAGGUUGGAAUUAUGCAAUAUGGCCAUCAAGUCACACAUGAAGUCAGUCUCAAUCAGUACAGCACAACAGAGGAUCUUGUGGAAGCUGCUAAAGAGAUAAAGCAGUGGGGUGGAAAUGAGACAAAAACAGCCCUUGGAAUUGAGUAUGCCAGGACAAAAGAAUUCACAGAAGCACGAGGAAUGCGAAAAGGAGUUUCGAAGGUGAUGGUGGUGGUAACUGAUGGUGAAUCACAUGACAGCUACAAUCUACAAAACGUGAUUGAAAACUGUGAAAAGGAUAAAAUUCGGAGGUUUGCGAUUGCGGUGCUUGGCAGCUACAACAGAGGAAAUCAAAGUGCUGACAGAUUUCUAAAAGAAAUAGAGUUUAUCGCAAGUUCACCUAAAGAUAAACAUUUUUUCAAUGUAUCAGAUGAAAAAGCACUGGUGACAAUAGCAGAAGCCCUUGGAGAACAAAUCUUUGCUUUGGAAGCAACUAGUGACCAGCAAGCUGCCUCUUUUGAGAUGGAAAUGUCACAAGCUGGGUUCAGUUCACACCAUACAGAGGAAGGCAUCAUGUUAGGAGCGGUUGGAGCUUACGAUUGGAAUGGAACAGUGCUUUUACUAAAAAACAAUGACGCCAUUAUCCCAGACAAUGAAUCAUUUUUGAACAAAUCAAAAGAAGUUAAUGAACCUCUUGCUGGAUAUUUAGGUUACUCUCUGAGCUCUGUCUCAGUUCCUGGGGAUGUGUGGUAUGUUGCUGGGCAACCUCGAUAUAAUCAUACCGGACAAGUUAUUAUUUAUACUUCAAAGGGAAAGAAAAUAAGCAUUGUACAGACUCUGAAAGGAGAACAGAUUGGUUCAUACUUUGGCAGCACUGUGUGUGCGAUUGACGUCGAUAAAGAUUCGUUAACUGAUAUUCUUCUUGUUGGAGCUCCUAUGUUUAUGGGAACUGAGAAAGAAGAGCAAGGGAGAGUUUAUGUCUACAAUCUGAGAGAGAAUGAGUUUCGAUAUCAAAUGAUCCUUGAGCCAUUAAAACAGCAGUGUGGUUGUCACUCUGUCUCAGGUCUCCGUGCAGAGAAAUUCAAUGAGGUUACAACUGAUGAUCGGAAAUGCCCCCAUCUCUUGAAACAACCAUGUGGUUCUCGUUUUGGAACAGCCAUAACUGCAGUUUCAGAUCUUAACCUGGAUAACUACAAUGAUGUUGUCAUUGGGGCACCUUUGGAAGACAGCCACAAGGGUGCAGUCUACAUCUUCCAUGGAUCUGGCACAACCAUCAACAAAAAAUAUUCACAGCGCAUCUCUGCAUCUGCACCGGCUGUUGACUUCAAUUACUUUGGCCAAUCAAUCGAUGGGCAAAUGGAUUUAAAUGAUGAUGGUCUAAUCGAUAUUACAGUUGGAGCACUAGGUGGUGCUGCCCUCUUCUGGUCCCGUGAUAUAGCUCAAAUCAGGAUUAGCAAACUGAAGUUUCAACCCAACAAGAUCAAUAUCCAGAACAAGAGUUGUGUGAUUGAUGAGAAGCCAACAGUGUGUAUUACAGCAGAGCUUUGUUUCAAUGUUAACCUGAAGUCUGGUAAACAGCCAUCACAACCAAUUGUUCUUGAAUACAACAUCACAUUAGACUCUGCACGCCGUACCUCCAGAGGGCUGUUUAGGAAAAUACAUGAAAGAAAUAUCCGAGGAAAUAUCACUUUACCCUUAUAUAGCUGUGCUGAACACAUCUUCUACAUGUUGGAUGCUCCAGAUUUUCUAAACCCCGUGGAGAUUCUGGUGGAGUUUGCAUUAUCAAAUCCAGAGGAAGGACCAGUUCUAGAUGCCAGCUUACCAAAUGAAAGGAAAGCUUUGGUAUCUUUCACAAAGGAUUGUGGAGAAGAUGAAGAAUGCAUCAAUGAUCUGACACUUACAGCACAAGCAGACUUGAAGGGUAAUAGAAUGAAACCCCACAUCGUUCAAUCCAAUCAGAAGAAGUUCAGUCUGGCGAUUAAAUUAAUAAACCAAAAGGAAAAUGCCUACAACUCAAGAAUAACUGUGACCUUUUCUAAAAAUAUAUAUUUCAUUGGAGUUGAGCAAAAUGAUGAUUGCAUGCCAUCAGAAUCCAACAAUGUGACAUGUAAAGUGGGAUAUCCCUUUCUCAUGCCUGGAGCAGAGGUUUCUUUUAAAAUGAAAUUUGAGUUCAAUACCUCUCAUCUCCUCAGUGAUGUUCACUUACACCUGGAUGCAACAAGUGACAGCAAUGAACAAAAUGAAACAUUAAGUGACAAUGAAGUCACCAUCUCAGUUCCAGUAUUGUAUGAAGCUGGACUGCUCUUUUCAAGGACUAUAAAGAACGACCAUUUUAAAAUAGCAGCCAAUGAGACAAUUCCUGAUGUUAUUAAAACGACAGAGGAGAUUGGUGAUGCAGCAGACAUCACUUAUAUGAUCCACAAUGAUGGGGUUUUUCCAAUUCCAUACCUUAGAAUGACUAUAACAUUCCCAUACACCUCUCCUGCGAACAAUACUCUUCUAUAUUUGACAGGAAUUACGUUUUCUUCUAAUAAUACAGUCAGUUGCCUUGACUCUCAAUUUGUGGAUCCCCUGAAGAUACAAGCUAAAAACCCUCACAAACCAUCUCCAGUGGAAGAGUACUUCAUCAACUCAGUUGGGAUAUGUGAAAAUAAUGAAGGAUGUGCUGACUUCUCCUGUACUAUAUAUCCAUCAAGUCUGAUUGAUUUUAAAAUGUCAUUGAGAAUAUGGAAACCUUCUUUUGUUAAAGCAAAAUUUAAUUCAAUAGGCCUAAAUAUUACUGCUACACUCACAAUUGAAGAAUCAUCACUGGUGGUACUAAACAAAACAACAGAAAGAACAAUGGUGACUUUAACUGUAUCGAAAGAAUCCCAUGGAGGUGUCCCAAUUUGGGUGAUUAUACUCAGUGUUCUUGCUGGCCUGCUGCUUCUAGCACUUGUAAUAUUUGCACUGUGGAAGGCUGGAUUUUUCAAAAGACCUUUAAAAGAAAAGAUGUGAGAAGUUCACAAACCAACCCUAGAAACACAACAGAAAACAAAAUCUUCUAUAUUACAACAAUCCAACAAUAUGAUGGCAGACAUAAGAAAAGUUGUAAAAUUGUGUUCAUGAUGAAAGUCAUUAACAGUGUCUUGCAUGAGAAAAAUAUUAUCCAAUCUCUGCAUUUGUUAAUAUUUUGUAAAUAUUUAACAGUUUUUCAAACUACCAAAAAUGUAUUUGUAUAUUUUAAACUAUUUGAAAUACUUUAUAUUCUAUGCAUCAUUCAAGCUGAUUACUUUAAGUAUCGCAAAGUUACACCUGUCCUCCUUUGGAUAGUUACUUUAAUUAUAACAAAUAAUGAUCACGCCCCUUUUUGCUGGACUUCAAAAAAAUACCUUUCCUGGUGAUUGUAGAGUCUUCUUAGUAAUGUCAAUUAUAAAGAUCCUGCUCAGUUUUUAUAGUGAUUAUGUACUUUGACAGAUGCUUUUUCAUUUUGUAGAUUUAAAAUGGUUGUCAUAACAUUUUCCGCAUUUAGACGCAAACGUAAGCAUAAUACUUAAAUAGAGACAUUUUUUUUAAA